AUGGAAGUUGUGACCUUCAUCCGUCAUCCGCGAAAACAUCCUCGAGUCCGCCGGAGCUCUGACGAGCGCUUCAGCGUCACGGUAAUGAUCCCCUUUCGCGCCUUGUUGGGCAUCCUCGUGCUCAGUGCUUUCGUGGCCGCGCAGCCUAUCCGCCGCAGUGAUGGCAUUCCCACAGCCGAGCCUGAGCUGCUCUCCAACUCGCUCAAUUCUCGCAUUUUCCUUUCGAAGCGCGCUAACGAUGCCGAGGUGCCGGAUAUUGCUGGAGGAGCUGGUCACGAAUACGGGGUCUGGUCGCAAGGCGACACACUGCGUAUCGCCACGUUCCUGGCAGGCGAUCACAACAUCUUUCCGCGCAACUCGCUCGCAACUCCCGCGGUGCAGCAGCUCGCGGCUGUCUACAGGCCGUACCAGCGAAACUUUCCUGCCCGUGGACUCCCCCGGGACGGCAUGAGUGCCGAUGCAAUCGUCACGAACCUGUUCGAGGUCAGUGGCCGUGACCGGCUUCGACAGAUGCAGGCCGUGCUAGGAACUGUGAUCGACAAUGCACUGGCAUUCCGGCUGGAUCGAACCCGGAUCCAAUACCUCGAGGCUUUGCGUCGUCGGUUCCACGUCUCCGAGCAAAUCUUGACGCCGACGGCGACAGAGAUCGGGGAUUUGGCAUUGACUAGGGUUCCAGCUCCUCCAGUGGAGUACGAUUCGGCGUACUUCAACAGGAUGGCCGAACACAUAGAAUGGGUGGCUCGUCGCAUGAACACUCGCCAGAUGAUCGUGACGAGGACCACGCCUCCGUUGGCGAUCAACUUUGCCCUUCUCGGACACCUCGAGGAUGAGCUCGACAGGGUCAUCUCGACCCCUUCCGUCCCUUCGCGCCAGCUCAACACUUUGCUGCGACUUCAUCCGCGCGAUGUUGCCGGAGAUGAGGCUGCGCAUCAAGGGGGUCCGACGCGCCAGCGCAGAGAUGCCUGGACCUCGUUCGACGACGAAAUUGCAGAGGAAGAAGCACUCGGCUCGAAUUUGAGCACGCCUCGCCGCAAGAUGUUGAUCAAGCGCCAGGCCGAUGUGCGAGAGCAUCUUGGUGGCCAGCCGUGGCCGAUGCGAGAGAUGUCCGUCGAGGAAGCGCUUGGUCGCAACGCUCUGGAACCGACGGAUCCGGGCGCCAUUCCUAUUGCCGAGUUCUGGCGUAGGAACAUCGACCUGCUGGCUCCCAUGCGUGGCAACGAACGACGCCGACAGCAACUCGCCGGCAUGUACGAGCAGUACCAGCAAGUUGUUCCGAUCACCGGGCGCGCCCUGAACUUCCAUGAUGCCAAUGCCAUCGUUGAGCAGACGUACAUGUCCGAGGGUCGCAAUAGGUUCCGGCACAUGACGCCCAUUCUCAGGUAUCUGGUGGAGCAUCGCAGCCAGUUGCGCCUCGACCCGGUGCGCGUGGCGUAUCUCGAGGCGUUGUUGGGCCGUUUCCGAGAGACCGAGCGGCUCUUGACGCCCAGCGCGGAAGAACACGCCAACGAGAUGCUCCGCCACGCUCGAAUCGGAGAAGAAGACUUCCGUGAUGUACAAGUGGUUCGGAAUACCCUCCAUGCAGUCAGUGAUGGCUCGGAGCGCAUUUUGAACCGACUCGGCUCGGCGAGGGAAAACCUUUGGCGAAUUCUGCAGGACCUGCGCUUUGUCAACCAUCUCGAGAAGGAGAUCGAGGAGAUUGUGGACAAUCCCGUUUCCCCUGCCGCACGCGGAGUCCGACGGUUAGUGCCGCGUGAUGGCAUCCAGGAUCAAGGAGCAGACGCCAGCAUUAACAAGGCCAAUACGAUCGAGGAGCGUGCCGUCAAGGAGCACCCGCACACAGACGAGGAGAUGCGAUUCGCCCUCAGCGGCAUCGGCAUGCACCUGCAGGACCAAGCCGCACGACCGAUCGCAUCUUGGCGCCUUUCCGACGCGAUGCUUCUGCUGCACGAUCGAGUUCCGCACGACCUCAAGGCGGUCCUCCGCGGUGGGUGGGUAGCCUACCGAGCCAACCAUCCUCGCAUUCCUUUCGAUCACGCUUUUCUCUCGGACCAGGUUCGUCUAGCGCCCUACUUUAACACCGACAGGGGCGCGCGAUUCGGAAGCGCCAUCCGCGUCAUCGACUCGUUGCUCAGCAGGCGAGGACGACUUCAGCUGACCGACACGGCUGUCGAGUACCUGGAAGCGCUCAAGGCUCGCUUUCAGCGGACUGCCGAGUUGAUGUUGCCUUUGCCGAGUGCGGUGCGAGCCGAGAUUCGGAACGAGUACAGCCAAGGUACGCCGCAGGAACACGAGCAGAUGCUGCGCAACCUGCUGUUCGAUCGCAACCUCCGCAUCAGGCGAAACGCGCGCGAGGUCAAUAUCGACGAGUCGCUUCUGAUGAGCUUCGAAAGCGAGAUGGACAUUUUCCAUCGCUUGCCGGUGGUGUAG